AUGCUGUUGGGGACUAAAGAGACAAAAGUUUUCAAUAAAGAGUAUCUGCCAGGCUAUACAGGCCAUGUUCCAACCAAGAACGAUAUGUUCGGCAUGACAGCUGGUGAUAUAAACCGUCAAAUCGUGACAAAUGGAGGUCAUUUAGGGUACCCAGUCCCUUCAGGAAGCACAUAUGCUCAUAGAUUCUAUAAACAAGCGAAUACCCCUUCAAACAAGGCAAACAAGGAUAUCUUCGGCAACUGGAGCAAGUAUGCUUCAAACUGGAUCUCUGGACCUACUCAUGAGGUCUGCAAGCAGCAUGUUCCAGGCUACACUGGCCAUGUUCCAGGGGUAAUGAGCGAAAAUAUAUAUUCCAAGUCAUAUGCUAAAUGUACAGCAACUGCCAUUGGCAACAGACACCCUAGAGGUCAUGAUGUGCCACCUAGAAUCAGAUACACUUCACAGAGCAAAGAUGAGUACAAUCCUAAGAACUUUAGAAGAUUCAUUGAAAAUCCAGAAAUGAAACCACUGAGAGAUUAUUAAGAUUAUACCAAAUUUGCUAAUGAAGAAUUUAGCCAUUAAAAAGAUAAUAUAUUGACAAAAUCAAAUGGAUUUAAUCCAUCAGCUUCAUUCUAGAAUACUUUGGCUACUAUCAGAGCUCAGACAAACAAGGCAAGGACUUUAAGAUCAUCAACAGCCAAUCCAAGUUUUCGAACAUCAAUGGACAAUGAUCAAUUAAAUGGUUUUAUCACUGGAGGUCUCAACACCAUCAACGACAUCAAGCCUAAGCUGCUAGAAACUCGCAUUGCUGAUAAUGAAAACUUCUUCAAGCUCUCAGAUGGAUUUAAAAAGAUCUUCGCUAACGACAAAAAAGAUUAAAAGCUAGUUAUUCCUAUCUGUGGUUAUGGAGGCCAUAGAAGAGGAGACAGGUCAUAAAAUUUCUUUGGAAAGUCUUUCAGGGAUAUUGCUAUAUAGAGUAAGAGACUUGAGAGAUCCCUAAAUGCCAGAGGAGAAAAAUAAUGA